GCGCUUAUUGGAACGCAGCCGAGGCCAGUUUGUAAAUACCGAGUCAGAGCGCUGCUGCUUCUCCGUCUCUAGCGGCCAAAAUCCAGCAGAGGACGAAUUUUUCACGGGUUUUCUCACCUCAAACUCUCCAACCAUGAAGUUUCUGUACAAAGAAGAGCAUCCCUUCGAGAAGAGGCGGUCUGAGGGGGAGAAAAUCAGAAAGAAGUACCCGGACAGAGUGCCCGUGAUUGUUGAGAAAGCUCCCAAAGCCAGAAUAGGAGAUCUGGAUAAAAAGAAGUAUCUGGUGCCAUCUGACCUCACAGUGGGACAGUUUUACUUCCUGAUCCGAAAGAGGAUCCACCUGAGGGCUGAAGACGCGCUCUUCUUCUUCGUCAACAACGUCAUUCCUCCCACGUCCGCCACCAUGGGGCUGCUCUACCAGGAGCAUCACGAGGAGGAUUUCUUCCUCUACAUCGCGUACAGUGACGAGAGCGUGUACGGCGACAGAGAGACGCCCGUCUAACCCCCUACUGUUCACACGCCCCCCCCCCACACACACAGACCUGAUAAACACAGUAAUAAACAGAGCAGCCCACCUGAGUGUGUAUGUUUAAUGCACUUUCACUUCUGCUCCUCACUUCUCUCCUCUCGUCUACCUGAAACACACAAACACCACUAACUCUCUCUCUCUCUCUCUCUCUCUCUCUUUCACUUUUCUGUUUAAAUUUCUUUUUAUUUUCUCUCCCAUCAUUUUUUUCACUUUACAUUCUACGGUUUUGUAUUUUUAGUUUUUUGUUUAUUUUCUCCUUUUAUCCUUUCAUGUUGUUCCUGUCUCUCUUCUGCCUUUUUUAAUUAAUUUUUAUUUCACUUUUUUAUUGUUUUUACCUUUUGUCUUUCUGUAUUUUAUUAUUUUUCUUGCUCGUCUCUUUGGUCUCUUAUCCUCUCCGCUGAUGUAACUGGACUCCCACAGUUUGAUACACUGACUGUGUUCUGUUUAUAAUGACGCGUUCUGUGCGUGAAUCAUUUCCAGCGAUGAUCUGAUUGUUUUUUAUUCAGUUUGUUUUUCACAGAAAGGUUUUUGUUUGAGUUCCUGGUUUAUGAGGUUCGGCUCUGUCGUCGUCUCGCACGUUUGCUUUUUGCUUUGGUGAAAUGGACACUGUAUAUCCUGAGUGAUUCAUAUAUGGUGGAGACUUGGUAAUUGGGCAGAUAUGAUUUGUGAGAGUUAUGAUUUUUUUUUAUUUUAUUUGUUUAUGCAGAAGCUCUGUCAUUCAGCUUGAUCUUGCAAACAUUAUAAACGUGAUGGGAAAAUGAC